AUGCUCGUCUGGCCUUCACUUUAAAUUCGCGUCCGGUAGUUGGCGGUUCAAACGUUGACGGUUAUAAGAAAUUCAUCUUUCGGUAAUCAGUGGCAAUCUACCUAGUGACUACGUAUUUACCAGCCGCUUUUAAUUUUCAAGUACAGUGUGUGUUCUGUUUUGCACCUUCCUUUGUUUGUGUCAAGCUUUGAUUGCGAUGAGAGAAAACAUGGACAUUGACGGCUCCUUGAGCAUUUGCGAAGACACGCGCGUGAAAAGAAUUCUUCAGAGCGUCGAGACCGGCUUGCGUUCAUGGUACAGCAUCGUUAACACGUUCGGUUUGAAUGAAAAUGAUAAAGUCAAAUGGGAAGAGGAACUCCAGGAUGAGAUUGAGGCUUGUGUUAACGAUUGUCACGCUGCAGCCAUCGAGAAGCAACAAGCUCUUAUUGAUAAGAUUGAAAGCUUGUUGACAGAGAGUGAAAAGAUGUGUAAGAAACUUACCAUUCAAAUGCCAAGCUUUGCUCCAACUAAUCAGGGCCUAUAUAAUGAUGAGAAAUAUCUCAUUGAGUUAGUUAAAGGAUGGCAAGAAGAAAUAACAACAAGAACCGUGGAAAUUGACAAUCUCAAGACGCGACGCGACGAAGUGAGCAAAUCCUUGGGUCGUGAACCGUUCUUCGUUAAAGAAUCUCCUCUUCCUAGCCGGGAUGAAAUUGAGAUGUAUAAAAUCAAACUACAAGAACUCGAAGUUGAGAAACAGCACCGAAUCGAAAAGUUUCGUGACCUGCAAGAACGAAUUAUAGCGCUAUCCGACGAGAUUAAGUUCAUGCCGAAACUUGAUUUUGAACGCGAUAUUAUCACCGGAGAUAAUCUGCUGUUUUUUGAAGCUUCCGAUGAAAACAUGCAGCGUGUGGAGCAGUUUCAUUUUGAUUUAUUGGAAAUGCGUGAGAAAAUCGAACAAGAGUUGAAUAAAUUGCGUGAAGCACUUGAGCAUCUCUGGAAAGUUCUCGAAGAAGAUGUGAAGUACUGCAAUGACUUUAUCCAAACUCAUGUCGGGCUGAAUUAUAAAACUUUAGAAGCAUUCAAAACAGAAGUGAAGCGGUGUGAAUUAAUCCGCAAAACUAAUCUUGGCAAAUUUAUUGUCAAACUACGCACGGAAUUGAUCGAUCGUUGGAAUGAAGCUGGAUUUGCCGAAGCUCGACGCGCGGAAUUUGCGAUCUACAUGGAAGAUGAUAUGUUCACCGAAGACCUACUCACUUUGCAUGAUAUGCAGAUUGAAAGAGUGAAAGCAUAUUUGCGAAAUAAUCAGGAGAUUUUUGAGCUAUUGAAGCAGCGUGAUGUGCUAUACAAGCGAAUGCGUGAUUUGGAUGAACGGGCGAAUGCACCCGAUAGAUUCAAGAAUCGUGGUGGGCAGCUGCUAAAAGAAGAAAAGGAACGCAAAGCUGUUACGAAGAAGAUUCCGUGCAUCGAGGAGCAACUACUCAAUCUUGCCGUGCAGUAUGAGGAGAAGCAUGGUGAGAAAUUUACGUACUUCGACGACACGAUCGAAAGUUUAAUCGAGAGGUCACGUGAAGUUCUGGAACAAGAAAAGAAGGAGCAAAUGAGCGCAAGGAAACAAAAACGUGACGUGACAAUGAGCUCUAGCAAAAUGACACCUCGAGUCUUAUACAAAUCACCGAGUAUGGCACAGUUAUCAACGCGAAAUCAUCUUACACCCCAUAAUUUACGCACGCCAAUGCGUACACCAAAAACAGCGCCAGCGCGAAGAGUGCUUACUGCAAGAAGAUCGAUUACCAAAGCGAAAAUCCGCCUAUCCACAGAUAAAAAGAAGCGCAUUGCUGCAAUGCGCGAACAAAUUAAGUCUUCGAAACGAACAGAGCCCAAUGAGAAUGACAUUGAGUAUUCCAAGUUUGAGAUUGAAAUGUCGAGGAAGGAUGGUGCUGCAAGGAGUACAAUCAGUUUGCAGAGUCCGCAUGCUACGCUCCUGAAACCGUCCAUUCGCAUUGAAACACCCCGCACCGUCGACAAGCAGCUUAAAACGUUCGGAGUCAAAGCAAAAUUACAUUUCUAAGAUUUUUAUAUUUUAUAAAAUUACUUACAAAAAAUGCAUUAUUUAUAUCAA